UUAGCAUUGCACUACAGUAUAUAUACUCAAGAAAGUGUCCUAAUUUUACUUUGACCAGAAAGAUAAUUUUGAAAUGCUACUUAUGGCAGUAAUACUAACUGCUCUUUUAACAAGGGCAGAUGAGCAUGUUUGCAGCUUGCGAGGCAGACCAGAAUUGUCCCAGUUUUCAAAGGAUGGAGAUAUUACAAUUGGAGGAAUCUUUGAAUUACACCACAACCUUGUAGAUGCCAAACCUGCCUUUAAAGGAGAGCCUGAACCACGAAAAUGCAAAGAUUUAUAUUUCAGAGAAUUACAAUCAGCUCAAACUAUGAUCUUUGCAACUGAAGAAAUAAACAACAGGACAGAUAUACUCCCUGGUAUAUCACUGGGUUAUAAGAUAUACGAUGGUUGUAGUUCCAUACCUUUGAGUCUAAGGGCAGGGAUGUCUUUAGUGAAUGAACAGGAUGAAAAACUGUACUCUAACCAGUCCUGUACCAAACCAUCUACUGUCCAUGCUAUAAUAGGACCCUCUAGUUCUGCAACAGCUAUAGCAAUUGCAACAACAACAAGAGCUUUUCACAUACCAAUGAUUAGUCACUUUGCAACCUGUGAAUGUUUGAGUAACAGGAAUAAGUACCCUUCGUUUUUCAGAACCAUACCAAGUGAUUAUUAUCAAAGCAGAGCCCUGGCACAGCUUGUGAAGCAUUUUGGAUGGACUUGGAUUGGGGCAAUUAGAAAUGAUGAUGACUAUGGGAACACAGGAAUGGCUACCUUUGUGAAAGCAGCCCAAGAAGAGGGGGUUUGCAUUGAAUAUAUAGAGACUAUUUACAGAACGUAUCCAAGAGAAAAACUAAUUAAAACUGUAGAUGUUAUAAAAAAGUCAUCUUCAAAGGUUAUUGUAGCUUUCGCUUCUUAUACAGAUUUAGAUUUUCUGGUUAAAGAACUGUUGCUUCAGAAUGUUACUGGUUUUCAGUGGAUAGGCAGUGAAGCUUGGAUUUCUGACCUUGCAGCAGGAGAAAGUGUCACAGUUCUGGGUGGGGCACUGGGUUUCACAGUCAGUAAUGCAGAAAUCACAGGUUUGGAGGACUUUUUACUAAAUGUCUGUCCAUCUGACACCCCUGGGAAUUCAGGCUUAAAAGAAUUUUGGGAAACUGUUUUCAGUUGCACCCUGACUACCCAAGAUAUGACUGCAUCAGUUAAUCCAUGUACAGGGUCUGAGAAUUUAGCAGAGGUAAAGAAUCAGUACACCGAUGUAACUGAUCUAAGAAAUGCCAAUGAUGUCUAUAAAGCUGUGUAUGCUGUAGCCCAUUCACUACACAAUCUGUUUACAUGCAAAAGUGGUCAGGGACCUUUUGCUGGUAAGACAUGUGCAAAUAAGAAGACGAUUGAACCAUGGCAGGUAGUACAUUAUCUGAAAACAGUUAAUUUCACUACCAAGAAUGGAGAGAAUGUUUAUUUUGAUGAGAAUGGGGAUCCAACUGCAAGAUAUGCAUUAGUUAACUUGCAAGUCAAUAAGGAGAGCAUCAUAAAAUGUGUUACAGUUGGUCUCUAUGAUGCAUCUUUACCAGAAGGACAACAGUUUAUUAUGAAUAACGUCAGUAUUGUUUGGGCAGGUGGUCAGGAUAAGGCGCCUAAAUCUGUGUGCAGUGAGAGCUGUCCUCCAGGCACUCGGAAGGCUGUUCAGAAAGGAAAGCCUGUUUGUUGCUUUGACUGCAUUCCAUGUGCUGAAGGAGAAAUCAGCAAUCAGACAGAUGCUAUUGAUUGUAUGAAGUGCCCUUUGGAAUACAGGUCAAAUAACCAAAAAAAACAAUGCAUCUUAAAAGCUAUUGAAUUCCUGUCAUUUGGAGAAAUCAUGGGGAUGUUGCUGAUGAUCAUUUCAUUGAUUGGGGCUUGUUUAACCACUGCUAUAGCUAUUGUGUUCUUUCUUUAUAGAGAUACCCCCAUUGUAAGAGCUAAUAACUCUGAACUCAGUUUCCUUCUUUUGUUUUCAUUAGCACUGUGUUUCCUUUGUUCACUUACUUUCAUUGGCCAGCCCUCUGAGUGGUCCUGUAUGUUGCGCCACACUUCCUUUGGGAUCAUAUUUGUCCUGUGCCUCUCUUGUGUUCUGGGGAAAACAAUAGUUGUGUUAAUGGCGUUUAGAUCUACACUUCCUGGUAAUAAUAUGAUGAAAUGGUUUGGGCCCGUCCAGCAGCGGCUAACUCUUUUUGCAUUCACAUUCAUUCAGGCCUUAAUUUGCACUCUUUGGUUAAUAAUAUCCCCUCCUUUUCCAAACAAAAACAUGAACUCUUUCAAAGACAGAAUCAUUUUAGAGUGUGACCUGGGAUCUGCUGCAGCAUUUUAUGCUGUGUUAGGGUAUAUUGGGUUUCUUGCUGCCAUGUGCUUUGUGCUCGCUUUUCUGGCUCGUAACCUACCAGAUAACUUUAAUGAAGCUAAAUACAUUACAUUCAGCAUGCUCAUAUUCUGUGCUGUUUGGAUCACUUUCAUCCCAGCUUACAUCAGUUCACCUGGGAAGUACACAGUUGCUGUAGAAAUAUUUGCAAUUUUAGCUUCCAGCUUUGGUUUGCUCUUCUGUAUUUUUGCUCCUAAAUGUUAUAUUAUAUUAUUUAAGCCUGAGAAGAAUACAAAAAAACAUUUGAUGGGAAAAGGGCCCUCGAAGUCACUUUGAAAAAAAUAAUAACAAUUUUCUAAAUAUGAAAACAUGGUAUAAAAACAUAUUCAGUCAAGCACUGCAGCCCCUGCAUUAGGUAACACAGGUCCCUUUUUAAAGACAGCUUCAAAGUUGCUCUUAUACAGCGUGCUUGAAGAUUCACUUUAAAAAAAAACAAUAAGAUAAUAUAUAAAUGAAAUAUAAAAUGUGAAUUAUACCAUACCAAGGAAGUCAUGUAUACAUUUUUUUGUUAGUGUUUAAAGCAAUCUUUAAUUGUUUAUUUCAAUGUUUCAGGCCACUGAAUGGAGUGUAGACAAAAAAAGGUGACAGGAAAAUAAACAUUCAGCUUGUUCUGUUGCCCUUAAAUGUAUUUAAUAUAUAAUGUAUAUUAUAUUAUUUGUGUGUUUAAGGUCAUUGCCCUGUUGUGGAGACAUGUUCAGAAGUCAAUUCCAUAUAAAAGAAAAGGAUAUAUGAAUGUUUGCUUAUUUAGCUAAUGCCAGGGAACCAACCAUUUUCUCCACAUCAGAAGAGCAUGUCUGUAGAUACUGUAGCUGAUGUGACUUUUACAGAGGUUACGCGUUCUCUUUCAUACUAACAGAGCCUUGAUUACAGCAGCGCUGUUGAUAUCUAGCACACUGAUUGGAUACCCUUCUUCUGCUAUGAAUGCAACAUUUAAACAGCUGUGAUAAUACAUUGUAUCCUUUAGAUCCAUUAGACACUAGAAUAGCUGAUUGCCCAUGGGGAUUUAUCAGUGUUAAAGUGAUUAUCAAAGAGAACACAGGAGUUGGAUUAUAACAUCUACAUUUAGCUGCUCUAAUG